GUCAGGAGACACACGCACACGCGCACGCACACACAGGUUAUUAAACAGCUGAGUUGUGACCUUUGAAAAUGGCUGACUGGAGCCUGCUAGGGAACUUUCUAGAAGAGGUACAGGAGCACUCCACGUCGGUGGGCAAAGUGUGGCUCACCAUCCUCUUCAUCUUCCGUAUCCUGGUGCUGGGCACGGCGGCCGAGUCGUCGUGGGGGGACGAGCAGGAGGAUUUCAACUGCGACACGCAGACACCCGGUUGCGAGAACGUUUGUUAUGACCGGGCCUUCCCCAUCGCUCAUAUCAGGUACUGGGUGCUUCAGAUCGUGUUCGUUUCCACGCCCUCACUCAUCUACAUGGGCCACGCCAUGCACACGGUCAGGAUGGAGGAGAAACGGAGGCACAAGGAACAGGAGGAUCAAGGAGGAGGAGGCGACGGCGAUGGGGGCAGGGGGGCCGGAGGAGGCGGGGAGAAACGGUACCUGGAGGACGACGAGAAAGACGGCGACAAGACGGACACCAGAUCGAAGGUGCGCCUCAAGGGGGCGCUGUUGCAAACGUACGUGCUCAGCAUCCUGAUCCGUACCAUGAUGGAGGUGACGUUCAUCGUGGUCCAGUACCUGAUCUACGGGGUCUUCCUCAAGCCCGUCUAUUUGUGUGAGGGCUUCCCUUGCCAAACCCCGGUCAACUGCUUUGUUUCGCGGCCUACGGAGAAGAACGUGUUCAUCGUGUUCAUGCUGGCUGUGGCUGCCGUCUCGCUCGUGUUAAGCAUGGUUGAGCUUUAUAAUCUGGCCUGGAAGCAAUGCAGGAGGCAUGUCAGGAAUUACCGGACGGCCAAGGAGCAGAGAAUCAGCGGCCCUUCUGCGGCGGCUGCCGUUCCCACAGAACCGUCCACGCCCAAUCGAGCGUGCACACCCCCUCCCGACUUCAACCAGUGCCUGGCAUCGUCCACGUCCGGUGCCCUGAGACCACACGCACACUCCCAUAGCCACCCUAGCUGUCCGCCCUUCAACAACCGACUGGCCCACCAGCAAAACUUUGUGAACAUGGCGACGGAGCGACACUGCGUUCCAGACGACUUGAAGACGGAGGAUUUCCUCCAGAUGAGCUUUGAGCAAGGACACAGGGACACGCCCAACAACUGCACCCCGCCCCAGUUGCUUAGCAACGGCUUCCUCGGAGAAGAGCGCCGCCUAAGCAAAACCAGCGGGACCAGCAGUCGAGUGAGGUCAGACGAUUUGGCUGUAUAAGAUGAAGCAAGCUGUCAUGAGCUGAGGCGGUCAAACACGUGCUAUCAAAAAACGCAACAUAUCACCUACCGAAUUUGGGUAGCUUAGCUGUUUUUUUUUCACACCGCUUUCCAAAGCGCCUGAAUGGUUAACGGAUCGAAAACAGUUCCACCCACAGAAUCAGUUUUGAUUGUUUGGACAGGCUUGAAGCAGAUCUUAUGAAUAUCAGUAUUUUAUAUUGCACAAAACAGAAUGAAAUACAUUUAUGUAUAAUGUGAAGUGAC